AGCCUCAGCCUUACGUGGACCACUGCCCAAGCUCGUCCACGACCGUCCCAUGACACUGUAAAGCGUGAGCUAGGUCACUUUGAAGAACGCUACAUUAACACCUUGAACUACAAGCUAUACAACGAGACCGUUAAGUUAAUCGGUUAUAUGAAAGUCAAGUUCUCACCUGAAGAAAUCAACAUGUUUGAAGACCACUACUUUACAAACUAUGAAGAGCUGCAGAAAUAUGGUUUUCAUUUCUAUGACCAGGCUUCGAUGGAGCUCCUCAUUUACUUCCCAGUUGCUGGUGCACUAAUUGAGCAUAAAGGGUCCAUGAUUGAAGCUAACGAGCUUGGUGAAUUUGAAAUCGAGGAUGUUGAUGGCGAUUACGCAGUGCUUGGUCGGAAACAAACAGAUUACGUUCAUGGAGUCCACAGCAAUAUCAUCAAAGAUGGCAUUAUCUAUCUCGCAGACAAGGCCUAUCCAACACGUCAAAUUGGCAAUGUUUUCGUGUACGACUUGGGAUACAAGAGCCUUGACCAUGACCACGAUCACUCCCACUCCAAGCGCACCGACAAGGGUUGUCUUGCAAACCAUGGAGGAGAGAAUUGCAGCAAAGUGUACGAUAUUCAUACUAGGCGGUGUCCGGAGAAUCCCAAAACAUGCAUGGAUUAUAAUGGGCCUUAUACGGAUUGCAAGAAGGAGCAUAGGACUACGUAUUUUCUCGGAAGUGAUUGCUCUAUAUCUGUUUCGAGGGCACACUGCUGGACUGAGUUUGAAAAUUUUGUGGACAAUAAAAUUGAUAAUGCGGUGGAUAAAAUUUUUUAA